GCCGGGGAGCCUGCGGGAGCUGCGGCCUCCCGGGGCGAUACCGGGUGCCGGCGGGGCGGGACUGGGCGGGGAUGCUGGCCCGGCAGUGCCGGCACCCCGCGGGCCUGCGGCGGACCCGGGCUCGGCUGGCGCUGGAUCCCGGGAGCACCUCCCGAGCACCCCUCGAGCACCUCUGAGCACCCCUGGAGCACCCCUGAGCAUCCCGCGGCAGGCGCGGACACCUCCAUCUCUCCCGGGUCUCUGGACAAGAUGGGAAAUGGAUUAGCAAAACCCAAGCACCUGAGGCAGCCAAAUAGGCACGUGGCAAACCUCGCCAUUGGCUGUGCUGCCAGCCACAAGUUUCUGAUGGACCCAUGCCUAGGCAUCAAUGUGAUCAAUGGGCAGGCUGAUGUCCUCUGCAGCAAGGUACUUGAACUGGAAAAGGAGCUGAAGAGAAAAGAGCAGCAGUUGCAAGAGAGUCAAAACCAUGUUGCUGAGCUUGAGGAACAGCUGGCUAUGCAGACUAAGGUCAUAGCAGAACUCACCAAGGAGCUUCAGAGCAAGUGUAUACAGUUGAACAAGCUGCAGGAUGUUGUUAGCACUCAAGGAGAGCACUCUCUUCAGCCUUCUCCAUUUAAAGUUUCUGCUGAUAGAAGGAGAGGAGCCAAGGAAGGUGUAUCUGCAGAGCCAACAACACGACUGUGUGAUUUGAGCAGGCAAACCAUGUUUUCCCUUGAAAAAGCAACAGUCCGAAAGGAUUCCAGUGAGAAGAGGCUUAUCACAGAUGCUCUGAAUAAAAACCAGUUCCUGAAGAGAUUGGAGCCUCACCAGACUCGAGACAUGGUGGAAUGUAUGUAUGAGAGGACAUUCCAGCAAGGGACCUACGUCAUCAGACAGGGAGAACCAGGAAAUCACAUUUUUGUGCUCAAAGAGGGAAGUCUGGAAGUCUUUCAGCAGAAUAAACUACUCUCCUCAAUACCUGUGUGGACAGCAUUUGGUGAACUGGCCAUUUUAUACAACUGCACACGGACAGCUUCUGUGAAAGCAAUCACUAAUGUUAAAACAUGGGCACUGGACAGAGAAGUGUUUCAAAAUAUCAUGAGAGUGACAGCACAAACCAGACAAGAGCAGUACAGAAACUUCCUCAGAAGUGUGUCCCUGCUGAAAAACUUACCUGAAGAUAAAUUAACCAAGAUCAUGGACUGUCUGGAAGUGGAGUAUUAUGACAAGGGAGAUUAUGUUAUUCGGGAAGGAGAAGAAGGAAACACCUUCUUUAUAAUAGCAAAAGGAAAGGUGAUAGUUACCCAGAGUACUACAGACCACUCACAGCCUCAGGUGAUUAAAAAUCUACACAAAGGAGAUUACUUUGGAGAAAAGGCUCUCAUUAGUGACGAUGUCAGAUCAGCAAAUGUUAUUGCAGAUGAGUACAAUGUGGAGUGCCUCGUUAUAGACAGAGAGACAUUUAAUCAAACGGUUGGAACUUACGAGGAGCUGCAAACUUACCUGGAAGGUUAUGUGGCUAAUCUGGCCCAGGCUGACGAAAAGCGACAUGCAAAAGGAAGAUCCUUCUGUGGGCAGUUGACCAAAGAGGUGUCUCUGGAGAUGAUAGAGCUGAAGGAGAAAGUAGCCCAGUUCCCUCCUUCCCCAUUCCAGAAUUUAGAAGUUGUCACAACUCUGGGUGUUGGUGGGUUCGGCAGGGUUGAGCUUGUUAAAGUUAAAAAUGAGAACGUGGCUUUUGCUAUGAAAUGUAUCAAGAAGAAACACGUAGUAGACACCAAACAGCAGGAGCAUAUCUAUUCUGAGAAGAAAAUCCUUGAGCAGAUAUGUUCUCCAUUUGUUGUAAAGCUGUAUCGCACAUUCAAGGAUAACAAAUAUGUGUACAUGCUCCUGGAGGCUUGCCUUGGAGGGGAAUUGUGGAGCUUGCUGAGAGACAGAGGCAGCUUUGAUGAAUUUACCACAAAGUUUUGUGUUGGGUGUGUAACAGAGGCUUUUGACUAUCUGCAUCAAAUAGGAAUUAUCUACAGAGACCUGAAGCCAGAGAAUUUAAUUUUGGAUGCUGAAGGUUACAUAAAAUUGGUUGAUUUUGGAUUUGCAAAGAAGAUUGGAUCAGGGCAGAAAACCUGGACGUUUUGUGGAACCCCUGAGUACGUUGCCCCUGAAGUCAUUCUGAGUAAAGGCCAUGACUUCAGCGUGGAUUUUUGGUCCCUUGGGAUUCUUGUGUAUGAACUCCUCACUGGCAGCCCACCAUUCUCUGGGGCUGAUCAAAUGAUGACAUAUAAUUUGAUUCUCAAAGGCAUUGAAAAGCUGGAUUUUCCUAAAAUAAUAACAAGGCGACCUGAGGAUUUGAUCCGCAGACUCUGCAGGCAAAACCCUACAGAAAGAUUGGGCAAUCUGAGGAAUGGAAUAAAUGACAUCAAGAAGCACAGUUGUCUGGACCGACUGAUUACAGCUACUUCGACAGCUAUCCACCUGAAGUGGGAAGCCCUCCAGAUGAACUUUCAGGCUGGGACAAGGAUUUCUGAUAAUUUUUCCUUCUGGCACAUUUAUAGAGACUCAUAGGCAUCAGUUCUACCUUAUUUCUUGCUUAAAAUGAAGUUACACAAAUUACACAGCACUCCCUGAAGAACAGAAGACAGUACAGGACCAGAACUUGUUUGGAUAAUCCACCAAAAUCUGUGCAUUUUGUAACGAGGGCAUGCAUUCAGUCAGCAGCUGUAACCUGAUUUUUUUUUAUUUUAUUUUAUACACAGUGUCUCUAUGAACAUUUUCAGACACCAUUGAUUGGAUCUAUGGUUUUGCCACUAAAAAUAUCACUAGCUAAAAUUUUGAUAUUAAUAAGGUUACUAUAUAGCUUUUCUUGGGUGGAGAGGAUGGGUAUCAGAAGCCAACAGUUGUGACAUUUGUCAGUAGCUAAAACUAUAGGCACUUAGUUUUCUUUUUCUCUGCUGUGUUUCGCUUUUCCCUCAAAAUGUCCUGUAUUGCAUUGAUCCAGGAAUGUGUAGAAAAGAGACUUUUACUGAAAAGUUGAUCUGAUUUAGCUACAGCUAAAAGGGUAUCACUGUGUAAGCUGUCUCUCUGUCAGUCUAGUUUUGCACCAGGUUGAAUAUGUGAGACUGGUCAAAGGAAAAGGUAUAACAUAACAUAAGUUGCCUAGAGAAUCAGACUGUGGUGUACAUUUCCCUUACUGCUUUAAAGAGCCAUGUGCCUUUCUUAAAAUGUUCUGCUUUUGUGUAGUGCGAAGAUAAAACAGAUGGACAAAAAGCUUUUACUUUGCAGGGAAAAAUGCAGAUGGAUGUUGUGCAUUUGUGGCUUACACAGAAAAAUUCUGCUGCUCUGUGUUAUGAAUCCCAACUGCUGUUGAAAUAGGGGUGUUCCUGGGUUUCAUGCUGGGUUUAUGGGAUGGAUGCAUCUGCAGCCACUGCUUGGAUUUAUUCCAGCUCCUGCUGAGACCAAGUCCAAUCUAAAUUUCCAUAUUGAAGCUGCUGUAGCAUUAGCGCAUUUCACACGCUGGAUGGAAAACCUCCCGGGCAACUUGUACUGUGUGCUCAGGGUUUACUUACCCAUGGCUGCUGGAUCAUCUCCCUAGCUGCUGAUCAUGACUUUUCCCACUGGGAAAGGGAAAAUGAGGGAGGGAAUGCCACAGGGGCAGUUUUGUGGUUUGUUACAUUGUUAUAAUUAUUUUUCGCUGGUGGGUGACCAUCGCUUUGACAGCAAAUCAAUUUAAAUAUUUUGUAUAACCUUCAGCCUGAAUAAGGCAAUAGAAUAUUUUCCAUUGAAUUUAAUGAAGGUUGGAUGGAGCCCUUGAAAGAAGACACUACACAUGUAGCUGGUUUUGUUUCUCUGCCUGUUAGCAAAUUAUUAUGGAAACUUGCAGCCAGCAAAGCCUGUGCAAAGUGGAAUCAGAGAGGAUGGAGCAGAGGCUGUAAGCUGGGACUGUAGAUGGUUUCAACUUAAUUUUAUUUAGUAAUACCAAAGACUAAAUUUUAUUUUCAGGAUUCAGACGAAGCACUAGACAUUAGGUAUUUGUGUUUCUCUGUGCAUCUGUCUUUCUCUCAUAAAUAUUUUUAUUACAGUCAGAAUAAUAUUGUGCCAAGUUUUAUAAAAAACUUUUGAAUGUAUUUUUCCAUUGUAUUUAUAUGUAGUUUCCUUAUAUAUAUAUAUAUUAAAAAAAUUGAUAUAUAUAUAUGUUUUUAAGUGAAAAAAAUAUCUGUAUGAUGUUUAGUGCAGUUAGCAUUAAGUUUUUGCAGCUGUGGGAUAUAUUUCCUUUAUAAAGUUUAACUUAGCUUGUU